AUGACACAUACACGGAUCAUAGACAGGCAUAGGACGUUGAUGAUGAUUUGCGAUUGUCAAGAGAGGUUCCGUGAGGGCACUCAUGGGUUCAACCUGAUGGCGCAGAGCAUAGUCAAGCUGAUUAAAGCUUCUAGGUUCCUCAAGAUGGCGACAUUGCUGACAGAGCAGAAUGGAAGUGGACCUACAGCAGAGGAAAUUCGAUCAGAGUUGACGGGACCUCAACACCUGGGCACUUUCGGUAAAGAUUGUUUUUCGAUGAUCACGGAUGAGGUCAGACCUCUGUUGAAGAACUACGAUAAUAUCGUACUAGUUGGUAUCGAAGCCCACGUUUGUAUCCUGCAGACCGCUCUCGACUUGCUGGAAAUUCCUCGUUUCCAUAAACGAGUGUUCAUCCUCGCCGAUGCUAUAUCAGCUUGUCACGAGUUGGAAAUACCUUUGGCGUUAGAUAGGAUGAGAGAUACCGGUGCUGUAGUGACGACGAGCGAAGCUAUGCUAUUCCAACUUAUGGGCGACGGAACAGAUUCAAACGAUAAACCGAUUUCCGACCUGAUCAAAGCUGAAAGGACAAAUACCGCCAAGGCUUUGGAGACCUUGUUACCUCAUCCAUCAGGUACAGCGACUAUUUCGAAAUGA